AUGGACAACAGCAGAGUCGAAAUAUGCGUGCACGAGGGAAAGUUAAUUGGUAUUGUAGAAAAAGGUGUUUACGGUGACUACUACACCGCCUUUCGAGGAAUACCAUAUGCGAAACCGCCAAUUGGAGAACUUAGAUUCAAAGAUCCAGUGCCAGCGGAACCAUGGUCCGGUAGUAGAGACGCCUCAAAACACGGAAAUAUCGCUGUUCAAUUGAAUGAUUUUACAGGCGAAAUUGAGGGCGAUGAAGAUUGUCUCUAUUUAAAUGUGUACACAACAAAAAUUGAAUCCUUAAAAAAACGUGCCGUUAUGGUAUGGAUACACGGCGGUACCUUUUAUAUGGGUUCCGGUGAUGCACUUUUGUAUGGCCCCGAUUACAUCGUGCAAAAAGACGUAGUUUUGGUUACCUUGAAUUAUAGACUAGGCGUUCUAGGUUUCCUAAACCUUUACAACAAAGUGGCAACGGGUAAUCAAGGUCUGAAGGAUAUAAUCAUGGCGUUACAAUGGGUCCAGAAAAAUAUAUCAAAAUUCGGUGGAGACCCAGAAAAUGUCACUAUCUUCGGUGAAAGUGCUGGUGGAGGCCUCGUACAUUAUCUCACUCUGUCUCCAUUAGCUAAAGGUUUAUUUCAUAAAGCGAUAUCGCAAAGCGGCGUCAUAAGGUGUCCUUGGGCUUUUACCGAACAACAACUACAUUCGGAGAAAGGUUUUCGGCUCGCCGAGAAACUUGGAAAAGCGACCGCAGAUCCGAAAGUCGCUUACGAGUUCCUCAAAACAAUUGAUGCAAAAAAGCUUAUAGAAACUGAACGGAAGUUUCUCUUGACGGAAUCAGAGCGUAAACAAUCCAGCUUGAUAUUUACACCCUCUUUGGAUCACGAAUCAUCGAAUCCAUUUUUCCCGGAAGAUCCAGAGACGUUUAUGUGCCGCGAGGUUAAAGUACCAUUUCUUUUAGGUUUUACCAGUUGCGAGGGAUCUGUUAUGAUAGGCAGUAGCUUUAACGGACAGAUAAGCAAAGAGGAUCUUGGAACAGUCAAUUCCGAUUUCAAGAAAACUAUAUUGCCCAGAUGUUUAUCUACAUUAUCAAAAAUAUCAAUCACAAUCGAAGAAUUGAAAUUUUUAUAUUUUGGUGACAAAGCAGUGUCAGAGGAAACUCUAAUGAAUUACGUUGAUUUUAUCAGCGACGAAUUCGUCUGUCGUGGCAUAAUGGAAGUGGUGGAUAUUCAGACAAAGUUGAAUAAUAAUGAUAACAAAGCGACGUAUCUGUAUCAAUUUUCAUACGAGAGUGAAACUAAUCCCUUGAGAAAAAUAUUUAAAGUUCAGAUCCCAGGUGUGGCUCAUGCCGAGGAAUUGGCGUACUUAUUUCAUCCUUAUAUGAUAAAAGAUUUGGGCUUGUCAGCACCUGCAGUUGAUUCGGAAGACUAUAAGAUGAUAAAUUGUUUAACGCAAAUGUGGACAGAUUUUGCUAAAACAGGGAAUCCAACGCCUAUUACAAAUUUGUGGUUGUCAGUGACCGAUUCACAAAGCGAAAAAUACAAUUAUCUGAAUAUCGAUACAAACUCGCAAAUGAAGGUCUUUCGUAAAGGAGAAGAAAGAUGGGAUUGGGAAAAAAAGAAAAAUAAGUUACGGCGCUAAAAUUUUAUCUACGUUAAAAUUAGGUUUCUCUGGGUACAAAAAUCGAUUUUUUUUAAAGGGGUGUUUUAUCCCCUAAACAUGCGAUUGGGCACGUAUAAAAAAAUACGUAUCCCUUUAUUGUGCAUAGUAGCAUAAACGAACAAGAAUGAAGUUUACUUGCAAUUGGAUUAGAUUCUCACUGCAGAAGAUGUUUUAUAUUUUAAUUUUUUAUUCAAAGUUUAUUAUACAGGAGAGCGCUAGACGCGUUUUAAAAUCCUGCAGGCUGUAACUUUUAAUGACAUUUUUUGUUAUAUUGUCGUGUGUGUGUGUGUGUGUUGUGCAGAUAUUAUAUGGUAAAAAAACCUGUUCAAUGUAGGAACGAUAACAAAACGAAACUGAUUGUUAAGAGUUGCAGACUCAGGCAGGUCUACAAUUCAAAAGGGGAUCAGAACUGCGUAUUUGUAAAUUCUCGCCGCCGGCGAAAAGAUUUUAAUUUAAUGCAACAGGAAUAAGUUUCCUUGGUGAGAGGGUCUGUCGCAAACAUACUUUAAAUUAACUCUGUCUGUAUCAUCCAUGUCGUCAGAGUUUUUACAAGGCUGCACACGGAAAAAUAUUAUUCUAUUUAGUUAGACGAAGUGAUGUUCGCUACAAAUUAAAUUUCGCGAAAUUAACAUAAUAGCAGUGACUGUCUAUAUCGGUACGAAUAUCAAUCUCAAUUCAAGUGUGUUAUAAACUUGAUUCAGAACGUAAUAGAAGAGACGUCGCAGAUUUUUGGAUGACUCGCAACUUUCCCGGCCGCAAUCUUUCUUUAGAUGUGCAUAUCAGCUUCGCAAUCCCUUUCGUGCUAUCGUGAGACAUACAGAUUAAAGCUCUCAAUAAGACGUAAGAUGCGCUUACGUUGAUUGAGGUACAUGUAUUUAAGGAAAACUCUUAAAUAAUUUGAGGUUUGAAGCCCGAAUUGUGUGCAUCC